AAUCCAGGAGAGACAGAAACAGUGUGUGCAUGUCAGAGAGGGAGAGAGAUAGAUAGAGAGAGAGAGAGAGUGUGUGCAGAGAUGUCUUGAUGGAUUAUGAUGGACAUGCUUGCUAAUUUUCGGACAUUAUUAACUAUGGAUUGGACAAACUGAUGUUAAAACUGACAACUUAACCGCUUUAUCAGGUGAACAGGGAGAAGAUUAUGGACGCAGAGAGUCUUGUUCAACACAUUGAACGAGAGAUGGAGGCAACUUCUUUACCGUUUUCAGUGACCACCGACUGGCUGGAGGACGGAAACGAGACGACUGGGAAUCAGUUCCAGCAGCCCGACUGGCAGGUGGCUCUGUGGGCCAUAGCCUACUCCCUCAUCAUCCUGGUGUCCAUCACUGGUAAUGUCACAGUGAUCUGGAUUAUUCUCGCUCACAGACGCAUGAGGACUGUGACCAACUACCUCAUCGUCAACCUUGCCUUCUCUGACGUUUCCAUGGCAACCUUCAACACUCUUUUUAACUUUGUCUAUGCGCUUCACAAUGACUGGUACUUUGGCCUGGGCUACUGCCGAUUUCAGAACUUCUUCCCCAUCACGGCCAUGUUUUCAUCAAUAUACUCGAUGGCUGCCAUCGCAGUGGACAGGUACAUGGCCAUCAUCCACCCUCUGAAGCCCCGCCUCUCCUCCACCUCUACAAAGGUCGUGAUCGCCCUGAUUUGGGCCGUAGCAAUCUCACUGGCUUUCCCUCAGUGCUACUACAGCGUGACAAUAUUUUACUACCCCAGAACCGUGUGCAUGGUCAACUGGCCUGACGAUUAUGGAGGAACGCAUCAACUAAGUUACCAGUUUGCAGUGAUAUUGCUGAUCUACUUGCUCCCUCUACUGGUAAUGCUGGUGACCUACAGUUUGGUUGGCCAAUCGUUGUGGGGUGGGCACAUCCCUGGAGAGGCGACAUACCACUACCACAGCCAGAUAACAGCCAAGAGAAAGGUGGUGAAGAUGAUGGUUGUGGUGGUGGUGACCUUUGCCAUGUGCUGGUUGCCCUACCACAUCUACUUCAUACUGGGAUCAUUUAACAGAGACAUUUAUAAACAACAUUACAUUCAACAGGUGUAUCUGGCCAUAUUCUGGUUGGCGAUGAGUUCGACCAUGUACAAUCCUGUCAUUUACUGCUGUCUAAACCAAAGGUUUCGUGCGGGUUUCCGUCAUGCGUUUGCUUGGUGUCCCUUCAUCAAAGUGUCAGAGGAGGACAGGAUGGAAUUGCAGCACACGCACACCUUCAGAGUCACCAUGACACGCAGCCACCGCAAUGACAGUACAUACGCACACACCUCCAUCAAAACAAACAACACCCUUGACACAAAUUUGUCUGUCAGCACUCAGCUAAACAAAGAGAGAGAUUCUUGCUUGCAGCUUAAAAAAUCACCAUUGGAAACAUACAGCACACAUGCAGUGAAGAGGCCGGACAACACAAAAUCCCCAGCAGCCAAACUUAUGCAGCAUAGCUGCUGACUACUGAAACAAUUCAUGAUGAGCACAUUCAUCAUAGGAAGGCAACAGGGUUUUUCUACAGUGACAACAGAUAAUAAAUAGACUGCAGCCAAUAAAGACAGUGGAGAGCCUGCUGACUGCUAAACAGAGUGGAGCAAACAUGGUGACAUUCAUCCAUGUGGAAAACCUUGAAGUAAAGAGUUGUUCAUUGGACCUGGCUUGGGACCAAUAAUCUUCGUUGUUAAAGAGGAAUAUAAAUUAAUGUGACUUUCAAGCUGAUGGAUGUUUUGCUGUAAAUGCCAAAGUGGUCAUAUGAGCUUGUGGAAACAUAGUUAUAUAUAAAGAAACCACACCUGCAUACUGGACAACAAGAGAGGCUUAUUCCUGCAAGUGUUUGCUGUUAGUGGAAAAGUCUGUAGAUAAAUCCGUCCAUCAUUCAUUUCUUUUACUAAAGCCCAUUCUCCUUCCUCCUCCCUCCAUCGUCUAUAUACUUUCUUUCAUCACUGACUUUUUCUGCAUCUGUUGUGAACUUUGCAUAUGUUUGUGUAACUAUAGAGUUUUUUGUGUGGUUACUGGUUUUUCAACAGCAUGUAAUGGAUGAACAGUCCACUGGCAUCAGCACCAAGCCUUAAUGUUGUUGUUUUUAUAUGUUUUCUUCUUUUUAUUGCCACAGAAAUGGGACUUUGAAAAAAGUUUUCUUUUCUCAAAGGGACAUUUUCUAUUGCAUUUGUUUUCUUCACCAAUCACAACACAAAGUUGUAAUUAAAGUUAGCCUUUAGUAGCUCAGUUUAUUAAAGAAAAAAAAAAGUAUUCUCUAAUAGUUAUUGUGGGAUUAGCCAUAUCGAUGACCUUAUAACAAAUUACUUUUAUUAAGUUAGUAAAGAUCUGUCUGAGGAGCUCUGUGGUAUAAAUUAAGAAGUUAAGGAUGUUUUGCCAAUACUGCUGUCCCUACUGUUGGAACUGAAAUAAAGAAAAGUAAACUUAAAGUAAAUUUAAAUUCCAACUUGCUCAACAUAAAAAUGAACAGGCACAUAUUUAGCUACAUAGGAUGUAACAUGUAGCAGCAGGGCCGAUAUGGACCGACUGGAGUAAGGAUAUACUCAACAUUUUCUAUGUCAAAGUGUCAUCACCAGCUAUCAACACAAUGUCAGUAGCAGUGAGGGCACCUCUUCCUGUGUCUGACAUAAAUAUCAACAUAUAUCAACACUGACAUUAACUGAUUAUUAUACAUUUUAGAAGUAAAAAAACAAAAUAGAAUUGACCUUAUUUCAUAGACUUUCCUAGACUUUCUUUUUACUGCACAGUGCUUUCUGUCUAACAUAUCGGUCACAUAGUGUACAUUCAUACAGUAUGUUGCUCAUAUAUUGUGACUUCGCUGGUUUAUGCAACUGUCAUUUUUUUAUGGUCAGUGUGCAAUAGAGUCCAGAUUACAAAGUAAGCGCUGCUACUUAGAAGAAUGUGAUGUAAAAUGUAAUCUAUUGAGUAUAUAUUAAUGUAGAAUAUGCUGAUGAAGUGGACAUGUAAAUAUGGGACUUUGUGAUGAUUGUGCACAUACAGUAGGAACAUGAUGUUAUAAAUACUGUCCCCUGUUAGCGUCAACAUUUCAGAAUGUAGAGAAAAACCUUUUGAUUCCUUGUAACAUCUCUUGACUUUAAAAUACAGUACACACAGUGACAGUGAAACAUUUGUAUAUGUUGUAUACACAAAGCAGCAGGAUAGUUGUAUGUGCCUAAAUAAAAUUGAUAUGUUUAAUAAA